AUGACUACAUCUUCAUGGGACAAAAACCGGUACGAUGUCAAAGGCUUCGUUCUGGCCAUACAUUUAUUUUUACUCAGCGCCAUUCCUACAUUUGGCGAAAAAUUCGCUACGAAAUUAGAAGGGUCAGAAGAAGAAGUCCCAUUAUGUUUAAGAUGGGGAAGAACCGACUGCCCAAGGACUUCAUCCAUUAUGCAAAUCGAAAAAGAGGGUGGUGUUAUGGUUAACGUGAUUGUAGGUGAUCUAAAGUAUUACAGCCAUUUAGUCUUCCCAACACAUGAUGAUGAUACCGGGUUGAUGGAACUUGUUGAUAUUAUUAUGAAAGGAAAGUUCAGGAUGAAAGCAUCAUACUGGAUUGCUGGAUCAGUAAAUAUAGAUGAUAUAUGUCAAGGUAUAGAGGAGACAUAUAACACAGCAACCCAGAUUGUCCGCGACCUGAUGCAAGAGCAGAAGAAGCAAACAAAGAAGCAUCAGAUGACACAGGACGAGAAGCUUGACAGGAUUAUCACCUUGCUCGAAAAUUUAGGACUCAGAAUAGCAAGGAUAGAGCAAUUCCUAGGAAUAAAAAAUGAACAAACAGAGAGCGAGAAACAAGAGAACGAGACCCAAGAAGAAGAUACUCAACAAAAAGAGCCUGAAACACAAGAAGACACUGAGAACCAAGAAAAAGAGCGUGUCGAUUUAGCUUUGAUGAUGUUUAAUAAGCGCAUGGAGCAGAAUCCAGACCUCUUCCGGAAAGGAGGUUUCAUUUUUCAACCCUCAUUCUUCACGCUGAUCGAUGAACAAUUUCCAGUGUUUGUUGACGAAAUGGAGAGAUUCGAGUUUGAAACAAAAGGGAUCAGAACAGAAGAUAAAUCGAGACAAGGAAUCAGCUCCAUCGGCUGCUCCAACAGCGAUUUAUACAACAAUGUAUCGAUCCUGUGUCGGUGUUGGAUUUCGUCGUUAUCUGUCAUGGAUCUUGACAGAAUAUUGCGAGCUGAUGCAAAUUGCCCCAAGCCAGUUAGUUCUUCGAGCUUGGGGAUUGAUACAUGCUCUGCAAUCUUGUCCGACCUAUCUGGCAUUCAUAUCUCCAGGAAAAUGGUGGCACACUCAUUUCGCCUCGUUAGCGUUGAAGGGAAUUCCCGACGAUUCAACCUUCAACUUCGCGAAGGUGAAAGAUCUCCUAUUGAUCCUCCAAUGUGGCUGGAUGCAAAUGCUGAUGGUGGAGAAUACUUCUAUGUCAUCCACGAUGGAGUUGGAAGAGUCUACAGCUGCUGGUCAGACAUAGGAGUUGUACCAGAGGAUGUGAUUCCUGAUGAAUCGUUCCCUGACAUAUUCUACGAGCUGGAUAAAAGUUUCAUGAACACUGUCUUAUUGCUGCAUCCACGUAUUGUGGACCAAACUUCACUAGACACGUCUCUCAAUGACCCAUUCAUCCCCCAACAGAAUUUGGACCUUUUGAUGGCAACGCUUAGAAUGUAUGAUUUUUUUCAAGAAGUUUCGGAUGAAAGUUCUGAUGAAGAGGACAAUGAAAACCAUUCACCUGCGCCAGCUCCUGAAAGUUCCUCUCAGGUGCUUGUCCAGGCCGUUCAACUAUCAGAGUUGCUGCGUGAAUAG